AUGCUCCUUUCACCGGCCUGGCGCUGCGGUGUCACCGCAGCGGGCGCGGAGGCCCUUUCGCCCCCUGAGGACUACUUUGUGUCCUGCGAGCAGCUUCCGAUGAUGUAUCCGAGCUGUCACGAUACGCAGGAAGCGGGGGAGGGGGAGGACGCUGUGGCAGCUCCUCCUGUCCGUAUAAUCCCUACUGAGCACCCUCAGGCCAGCCCGUUUCAGCCGUUGCCUGAGAAGGAGGUACCUGUUGCCAAACUCCAGGAAUUUGAUUGGGAGAUGGAAACACAUAGAUUGGCAUUCCUAGAGUUGGCGGAAGAGGAGGACCGCGAGCUGGCGGAAGAGGAGGACCGCGAAUUGGCGGAAGAGGAGGACCGUGAAUUGGCGGAGGAGGAGGACCGCGAAUUGGCGGAAGAGGAGGACCGCGAAUUGGCGGAAGAGGAGGACCGCGAAUUGGCAUUGGCGGAAGAGGAGGACCGCGAGUUGGCGGAAGAGGAGGACCGCCAGUUGGUGGAAGAGGAGGACCGCGAGGUGGCGGAAGAUGAAUACCUCCAGUUGGCGGAAGAAGAGUACCUCCAGUUGGCGGAAGAAGAGUACCUCCAGUUGGCAGAAGAAGAGUACCUUGCGUUGGUGGAAGAGGAAUAG